GAUCCCGGCAACUACGAAGAUGCGCCGAGAGAGGGCAUACGUCGCACACUGGAAAAAUUCGCACCAGAAUUCGCCAACAAUGGACUACCUCGCGGCAAACUUAUCCCGUGUCGUUAUAUUAAGGGAGGUCUCCAGAAUUUUACAUCCUGCUCCUGCACGAGCAACCUUGACCCUACUUUCUCUUUUCCCAGUCAGAAAGCUGGAACAGGAAUGUUUUGGAACACACAGGGAUGUUGAUGUUCUUAAGAGUGCAAAAAUGUGGGAACGACCCCUCUAACUCUAUCCGUUCCGUGCGGAUGGGAACAACCGUGGCGACGAACGCUCUGCUGGAACGAGAAGGAGCUAGGGUCGUUUAUCUAGCCACAAAAGGCCAUGAGGACAUGCUACGGAUAGGAAAUCAAGCACGACCGGAUAUUUUUGAUAUCGAAGUACGUUAGGGCUGCCGCUGAAGCAUGUCUCCUUAGUCUCAUGGCGAUCCUUGGUAGUUCUUCUUUUUCUACUUGAAAAAGAGGAACCCAAGAGUAUAACUCUCGGGGAAGAUGCUAGCGCGGUCGCUCUAAGUAGGUACUCCGAAAUUGCUGUACGAGUUAGCUUUGGGCGUAGAAGAACGUGUCGUAGUGGGAGAAGCUGCUUCAAAGAGCUGCAAGCAUCAAGGCGAGUCUUCUGGCGGGACUUCGUUUGCGGUUCGUCAAGCUUUAUCAUUGUCAGAGACUCAUGAUGAGUUGACGAACUCCUUGAAGGCUUUACUGAAACAAGAUCCACAAACAUCAGUCGCCAUCAACCUGUUGCAUUCCUAUUUGUAUCCAGGACACGAAGAAAAACUUGCGGACUUGUGCGAAAACGUGCUAAAAUUUCCACAUGUGUCUGUAUCCUCAAGACUUGUACCCACGAAAAAGGCUGUGCCUCGUGGCCACACGACUGUCGUAGACGCGUACCUGACGCCGAAAAUUCAGGAAUAUCUGGACCAGUUUUGUAGAGGAUUCGAAGGCUAC